AAGCCGACCGGAUGUGAUUGGGUCAGAAGCGGAAGUGCUUCUUUGUUGCGUUACUGAGCUCUAAGCGGGUUCUUUGUCCGUGGUUUUUAAAGCGCUACCUGCCCGCGGUCACAGAGCUCCCCAACGCCGUCGGGACUCACCGGGAGUCCGCGUCCGUUCCGCCGCUGUUCUCCGACUGGUGUCGUCCCGUAGCCGCGGUUCGGUAGCCAACAUGGCGGCCGGAGGCGGAGCGGUUCCUCCGCAUGUCGGAGAUGUGGAAGAAGACGCUUCCCAGCUGCUCUUUCCUAAAGAGUUCGAGAACGCGGAGACCCUUCUGAACUCGGAGGUCCACAUGCUGCUGGAACACCGGAAGCAGCAGAACGAGUCGGCCGAGGACGAGCAGGAGCUGUCGGAGGUCUUCAUGAAGACCCUCAACUACACGGCCCGGUUCAGCCGCUUCAAGAACCGCGAGACCAUCACCGCCGUGCGCAGUCUCCUCCUGCAGAAGAAGCUUCAUAAGUUCGAGUUGGCCAGUUUGGCAAAUCUGUGUCCGGAAGCUGCCGAGGAGGCCAAAGCCCUGAUCCCCAGUUUGGAGGGACGCUUCGAGGACGAGGAGCUGCAGCAGAUCCUGGACGACAUCCAGACCAAGAGGAGCUUCCAGUACUGAACCAGGACCAGAACUGGACCCAUCUCGAGUGUUUCUGAUCGUUUCUGAUGCCACAAUAAAAUCUGUUUGUUUUUUA